AUGUCAGUGAUCCUCAAUGGUGAAUGUCUAGCUGUUGGUGAACCCAUGGCCAUGUCCACUGUCCCGCCUAUGCCAAUUCCGUCCCUCUGCUUAACUACAACCGGCUGGGAAGAAGGGCGUGUUGAGCACAUGGAGGACGAGUUAAAUACCUACGCGAAGAACUCGCGCAAGUUAAAGACAGCUGGCUGCGGAGAAGAGCACCAUAAGUCAGCUGAAAGAGGUGGUUGGAAAAGUUAUGGACGAAUCGCGGCAGCGCGAGGAAGCGCGAAAGGAGUUGGCGAAGGAAAUACUAGUACGGGAAGUGCGCGGAAUGCGCGAGUUAGAAAUGGAAAAGGGCAAGGUGGUAGAUUUGCAAAAGACCUGGUGAGCGCCAGAAGAUAUCUACCUAUCCAGCGCGACGUGAUGGACCAGAACUAUUAUGCUAGUCCUGAGGAAGUGAAGCAGAAGCUGAUCCUGUGCCACCUAGAACGUCAGAAUGUCAGUGAGACGAUUAUAGAUAUCGACGCUGACGGGUAUGCCAUUAUGACGAUACUGCUGCUAGAUGGCAGCGAAUAUCAAAAGGAGUGUGUUUGA